GUUGUUUUGUUUUAAUAAUGGAAUGUGAACUUCUAAAUUGUUGGAAUGCUGCUCUCUUGACAAACAAAAAAAUUUAUCUUCAACCCUCUCUGAUAAAAUGUAUAUUUUGACUGUUUAGUUUUUAUUGUUGUUAAUUAUUAUCAUGUUGUAGAUGAAUGAUAUUUUAGACAUUACCAUUGAUGAUGUUUAAAAAGUGUAUAUAUAAUAUUUUGAUAUUUAAGAAAGACAUAUAUGAUAUUUUGAUUAAUGUUUAAAAAAGACAUAAAUGAUAUUUUAAAAUUUUAUAAAGGAUAAAUAUGAUAUUUAGAAAUUAAGUUGGAUAAAUAUAAUAUAAUAUUUUAAUAUUUAAAAAUGAUAUAUAUAUAUUAAAUCCUCUCUACUUUAUAUGGGCCAAAUAACGGGUCUUCCUCGUGGGCUAAACGCCUAAACCCUUAUAAAACAUAACAAACGCCUCUCCCCCCGCUUCCAUCGUUCGAAGGCUCUUGCAUCUCUCUCUCUCUCUCUCUCUCUCUCUCUCUCUCUCUCUCUCUCUCUCUCGAUUCAGCUUGUCCAGCAAGAAGUUUCAAGUAAACGGGAUGAGGUCAUUGAUGGAUAUUAGGGAUCGGACCAAUGAAAGAGUUGCGACGCUGAAUGAGACAAUCAAGAAUUUUGAUGAAAAAAUUGCUGAAUAUAAGACGCAAUUACAAGGAGCAGGUUUUCCUGUGGAAACCUUUGCUAUUAAAGGUCGGCAAAUUAAGUUAAUACAAGAGAAAAAAUGGUAUCAAAAAGAGUGUGACAAGCUAAACAGCCAAGUUCUUGAUAUAAACCGCCUCAUAUUUGCUUCAGAGGCUUUCCAGCAUGCUCAACAAAUGGUAUCAGAUCUGGAAGCUGCACGUACAGAGUUGAAUGCAAUGACAAACAAUUUGCCACAUAACAUGAAGGGAUUGGUUGAUGCUAGCAAUGUGUUAAUAGAGUCUCUUAUUCAAGGUCACACCGUGCCUGAUGCUAGCAAUGAGAUACUGGAGUCUUUAAUUCAAGGUCACGGCCACCCCCCCAUCCUGCCUGAUGACUGUAUGGGCAGGCUUGGCACCUUCAAAUCUCAAACAAAAAAAUGAAA